CCCUCCCUCCCUCUCUGCAGUCAGCUGAGCAGCCCAGCCAAGAGGCAGGAUUUGAACCCAGGACCGCAGCAGCCAAGGCACCAGAGGAGCCGCUUUGCUCCAGCUUUGCAACAAGAGCAGCCUCAGCAUCAUGGCCCCUGCUGGACUGAAAGCAGUGGUGGGAGAGAAAAUCAUGGCUGAUGUGAUAAAGAAGGUAAAGAAGAAGGGAGAAUGGAAGGUGUUGGUGGUGGAUCAGCUCAGCAUGCGCAUGCUCUCCUCCUGUUGUAAAAUGACCGACAUCAUGACCGAGGGAAUAACAAUUGUGGAAGACAUCAACAAGCGCCGAGAGCCGCUGCCUAGCCUGGAGGCUGUAUAUCUUAUCACUCCCUCAGAUAAGUCUGUAGAGUCUCUCAUUGGUGAUUUCAAGGAACCCCCAAAUGCCAAGUACCGAGCUGCCCACGUAUUCUUCACUGACUCUUGUCCUGAUUCCUUGUUCAAUGAGCUGGUCAAGUCCCGCGCGGCGAAAGUCAUCAAGACCCUGACAGAGAUCAACAUUGCUUUUCUGCCCUAUGAAUCACAGGUUUACUCCCUGGACUCUGCCGACUCUUUCCAAAGCUUCUACAGUCCUCACAAGGCCCAGAUGAAGAACCCGAUCUUGGAGCGCCUGGCAGAGCAGAUUGCAACCCUCUGUGCCACUUUGAAGGAAUACCCAGCUGUUCGAUACAGAGGGGAUUACAAAGAUAACGCCAUGUUGGCUCAGCUGAUCCAAGACAAACUGGAUGCUUACAAAGCGGACGACCCGACUAUGGGUGAGGGUCCGGAUAAAGCUCGCUCCCAGCUCAUCAUCUUGGACCGUGGCUUUGACCCAACCUCCCCAGUGCUACACGAAUUGACCUUCCAAGCCAUGAGCUACGAUCUACUGCCAAUCGAGAAUGAUGUCUACAAGUAUGAGACGAGUGGCAUUGGUGAAGCCCGGGUCAAGGAGGUUCUGCUGGAUGAGGACGAUGAUCUCUGGGUCACCUUGCGCCACAAACACAUCGCGGAGGUGUCCCAGGAGGUCACUCGCUCUCUGAAAGACUUCUCCUCCAGUAAAAGGAUGAACACUGGUGAAAAAACAACCAUGAGGGACCUCUCCCAGAUGCUGAAGAAGAUGCCCCAGUAUCAGAAGGAACUCAGCAAGUAUUCCACCCACCUUCACUUGGCUGAAGACUGCAUGAAACACUACCAAGGCACCGUUGACAAGCUUUGCCGAGUUGAGCAGGACCUGGCCAUGGGCACUGAUGCAGAAGGGGAGAAAAUCAAGGAUCCCAUGAGAGCUAUUGUCCCGAUCCUGCUUGAUGCGAAUGUCAGCACCUAUGACAAGAUCCGUAUCAUCCUGCUCUAUGUCUUUCUCAAGAAUGGCAUCACUGAGGAAAAUCUGAACAAACUGAUCCAGCAUGCCCAAAUCCCACCUGAGGACAGUGAGAUCAUCACCAAUAUGGCUCACCUUGGAGUACCCAUCAUCACAGAUUCUACCCUACGCCGUAGAAGCAAGCCGGAACGGAAGGAGCGUAUCAGCGAGCAGACCUACCAACUCUCCCGAUGGACCCCAGUAGUCAAGGAUAUAAUGGAGGAUGCCAUCGAGGAUAAACUGGAUACCAAACACUACCCUUACAUCUCUACCCGAUCCUCGGCUUCCUUCAGCACUACAGCCGUCAGUGCCCGCUAUGGCCACUGGCAUAAGAACAAGGCCCCCGGGGAAUACCGGAGCGGCCCCCGUAUCAUCAUUUUCAUCCUGGGAGGCGUUGGCCUGAAUGAGAUGCGCUGUGCCUAUGAGGUGACGCAAGCCAGUGGGAAGUGGGAAGUGCUAAUAGGAUCCACCCAUGUCCUCACCCCACAGAAACUGCUGGACACGCUGAAGAAACUGAAUAAAAUGGACGAAGAGAGCAGCAGUUAAAAACCCACACAUGACCCCACUCGCCUCUUUCCUUGUCUUCUUACCCAAACUGUCCCUCCAACAUCGCUCACAAAACAAGCAAUGACCUGUGGCCAACAUAUCCCAGUUUCCCCUGUUUCUGGGGUCAUUGCUGUCCCGGUUUCAUUUCUUGCCUCUGGAUCUCGGUCCGACCCUCUUUCUUGCAUUUUGGUGAACCUUCCCUUCCCUUCGUUUUCCCUUCCACCUUUUCCAUCCGUUUCACCCUCCAUUUCAAGCAAAGGUAAAUAAGACAGGGAAAAAAAUUAUGCAUUGUGUCUAAAGGUUAAAAAAAGAAAGAAAAAAGAAUAAUAUAUUCUAUAAUAUAAAUAUUAUCUCCGUAUGUAUCAGAUGAAAUAAAGCGCCAAAACCAAAUUCCAUUUCUGAAGAAUCCAUCCCUCCAUCCUUGGCGAUCGACGACGAUGAUGACAAUGAUAAUUAUUUUUUAAACGAUGUAUUUUUUAUUUUCCUUUUCCUUUCCUCUUUCUCUUUCUCUGCCUGGAUGGACGAAUGCUUGUGACUUAUUAAUGGCUCUGUGAUCCUCGUACCUAACCUCAGAUACAAACUGUGAAUGUUCUCUCCCGCGCAUCGGACGCUGCUUGCGUUUUUGGAUAUCAUUGUAAUCUCUCUCCCUCCUUCCCUCCCUGUCUCUUUUAAACCUACCCUUGCGCUGUUGUCGUUGGGAUUGUCGUCUUGGGUUUUUCUUUGUGUUUCUCGAUGUGUAGGUUGUUGGCUUUCGGGAGGCGUUCUUAUCCAAAUUUCCUUUACUUGCUUUCUCCGACCGCUUCUGUUUUUUUUGAAGGAACGUUUUAAAUGCUGUGAAGUUUGUAACUCUGGCAUGCCUGGACUAAUCUCCCCUCGAUCUUGCACUUGUCCCUCUCAUCUCAUUAAGAAAUGUAAAUAUGUUUCCCCCCUUCUUUCCAGUACUUCUUUUGGUGGCCAUUUUGGGUUUUGAACCAGCCUGAUAGCAAGUGAAUAAAGGGGAUGAUGCUCUAUUAAUUCUUUUAACAUCUUUCCCUGCCCAAAUUGCCGAUUCUGUUGAGGAACAUUAGGCAGAGAGACAAUGACUAACUCAAGGUUGCCUGGGAACUUGAAUUCAUGUAUUCAUGCCCAGUGCUCUAACCACUGCACCUUACUCUUUCUCAGUUUUCCAUGUUUCUUUGAAUGACACAAGGGCAUUCUUUGCCCAAAGAUCAGUUUGGCUCCUGGCUUCUCUGGUUUUAUGCAAGUGAUAGCUUGAGUUGUGUGUGUCCUAAGCUGUGUAUUCGUGACUUGUCGGCUCCAUUGAACCCGGUGCAUUGGAGGAAGCCAAGGUUGCUAGCCAAGUUCUUUGGAAACCAUAAUCCUCAGGACUUUGGAAGCAACUAGGCACAGUAUAAUAUGGGGGUGGGCAACUAUGGAAGGUAAGCAUGAUCCAUUAGUUCCUUGGAAAGACCUUAAAGGACUACAAUUUUUGCCCCCAAAUGACCUCAACAUGCUAUGGAGGUCCCCCCCACAUCCUCUAGAAGGCAUUUUGUCUUGGGAAAAAAUGGCAAAGUAGGGGAUUACGGAAAUGCAAACCUAGCCUUGGAUGGGUUGCAUGUGGUCCGCGGGCCAUACUUUGCCCACCCCGACAUAAGCUGUUAUGCUUGUUGGGGAGAUAUCUCACCCCUGCCUACCUUUUUCCUUCUCUAGCCCAGAAAAUUUUGGUCAGAGAGAGCCAAGGCUUACAUUCGACCCAGGGGAGAGGAGACGGGGAAAAAUGCGUUAUGUUACAAAGAUUUGAAAAUAUUUAGAAAAUGGUCCAAAAUGGGCUUAUAAAUGUUGUGAAGCCAUGAUGAGAAGAAUCCUAGAUAGACACGAAUCUUUACAGUCCAGAACCUAUGCUUCGUGAAAAAUGGACAGAUGCAGCCCAUCCAAAGGGAAAACACUUUCAUGUCCCAUCCACUUUUUUUCAAAGGGAAUUUUUUAGCAUGUGGUUUUAAAUUGUGUUUAAUGCUUUAACUUGGGCUGGAUAGUGUGAUUUCGCGCCUCCCUCCAUUAACAAUGUGAAUCAGGUUUUGCCUUGUACCCUUUGGGCAUUACUACUACUACUACUACUACUACUACUAUUAUUAGCCAUUGUUGUCCAAUAGUAAAAUCUUGUGAAUCAUGCCAGGGAUCUUUCUUUGUGACUCUUAUCCCACCCUUUAUCCCCCCCAUUGCAGACUGUAUGUAUAGGAAGAACUGAUUUUGUCUUGUGUUGUCAUAAAGUGGUUAACCGGUUCCUUUAAUUUUGUUUCUAAAAUCUCAUUUCCCUCCCCAAAAAUGGCUGCAUUAGCUUUCUGCGGUUAUUAAAAUAUCUAUUUUUGAGAGUAUUUUUUCUCUUAAAGCCCCUUCGGUCGUACCCUUCCUUGCCUUCUCUUCCAAGAACAAACUGGCUCAGUUGGGUGUCCCUUUGGAUUACAUUCCCUAUCAUCCAAACAUGUUAUUUGGGGAUGAUGGGAGUUUUAAUCCAAUUCAUCCAGAAGAUUCUCAGUUGGGAAAGGCUGUUUGGAAAUAAUGGAGAGGAAGGGAUUUCCCCGACGUUUUCGGCCAUUUUCCGGUGCUCCAUUUACCUCUGUUUUCUUGCCCGUAAUAUUAUAUAUUCUUAGGGCGAAGGCUGGGUUCGUAUUGCACUGGUAACUGUUUUGUCGCCCACUUCUACUACUUUUCCUGCAUCCCUAUAAAAAUAAUAAUGAUAAUAAUUUAGCAUUGCAACUGCUUCAGGGUCUCCCCCCCUUUUUUGGUUUUAGGUCUGUUUUUGUCCUUUUGAUCAGUUGCGUGUAUGGAAACGAUAACAAAAGGAGGGAAAAAGCGAGAAGGUUUAAAAGAAUUGUUGCUGGAGUUGUUUUUAUUCUUGAAAUUUCAGUGUUUGGAACUGUCGAAGCACAAAAAUGUGUCAUCUCUGUAUAGCUGUUCUGUACUUUAAACAAAAGCACUUGGAGUCAAUAAAGAUUUGCUGUCCCGUC